UUGACUCUCUCUGACUGUUUUCGCCAUGUCCACACAGCACGAGAAACUUCACAUAGCGCUGUUCCCAUGGCUAGCCUUUGGCCACCUGAUCCCCAACCUCGAGCUUGCUAAACUCUUAGCUCAAAAGGGUCACGUCGUCACCUUCAUAUCCACUCCAAGAAACAUCCUUCGUCUUCCCAAACUGCCUCCACAUUUGUCUCCUAACAUCAAUUUUCUCAAGCUUCCUCUUCCUCAAGUCCCCAAUCUCCCAGACGACGCAGAAGCCACCAGUGAUGUUCCCUACAACGUAGUUCAAUACCUUAAAUUAGCUUACGAUACUUUGCAACAACCUGUGACUUGCUUCCUUGAAUCUUCAAACCCCGAUUGGAUAUUCUACGAUUUCGUUCCUUAUUGGGUUGGAUCCAUCGCUUCCAAGCUCGGUAUCAAGAGCGCGUAUUUCAGUAUAUUUAAUGCUUCAUUGCUUGGUUUCCUCGGGCCAGCUCCGGUUUUGAUGGGCCAAGAGUCGGUCCGGACGAAGCCCGAAGACUUCACCAUCAAGCCCUCCUGGGUUCCGUUUUCCUCCACCGUGGCAUGGCGUUACUUCGAGAUCAUGAAAAUCUCAGACGGUAUCAAACACAAUGACUCGGGUGUUUCAGAUUUGUAUCGGUUCGGUGCCAGUAUCGAAAACUGCGAUAUCGUGGUCAUUCGGAGCUGUUCCGAAUUCGAACCCGAGUGGCUUCGAGUACUUGAAGAGAUCCACCGGAAACCGAUCCUCCCCGUCGGCCAACUUCCUAACACCAACCAAAACAGCGACGCCGAGGACAAGAACGACAUGUGGCGGCUGAUUAAAGAUUGGUUGGACCAGAAAGACAAAGGUACAGUGGUCUACGUGGCUUUCGGGAGUGAGGCGAAACCGAGUCAAGCAGAGGUGAACGAGAUAGCGCUUGGCCUGGAGAAGUCGGAGCUACCAUUUUGCUGGGCUUUGAGGACCCGGAGGGGACCAACUGACACGGAGGUUUUGAGUUUACCGGAAGGGUUCGAAGAGCGAACGAAAGGUCGCGGGUUGGUUUGCACCGGUUGGGCUCCACAGUUGAAUAUCUUGGGUCAUGACUCGGUGGGUGGAUUCUUGACUCAUUCGGGCUGGUCGUCGGUUGUGGAGGCGGUUCAGGAGGAGAAACCCCUUGUGCUACUAACGUUCUUAGCGGAUCAAGGGAUCAACGCUAGGGUUUUGGAGGAGAAGAAGAUGGGAUAUUCGAUUCCAAGGGACGAGCGAGACGGCUCUUUCACUAGUGAUUCCGUGGCCAACUCAUUGAGACUCGUGAUGGUGCAACCCCAGGGAAGGGUCUAUCGAGAAAAUAUAAAAGAGAUGAAGGACUUGUUGGUGAAUAAAGAGAGGCAGGAUCGUAGCGUAGAUGGUUUACUCGAUUAUCUCAAAGCCCACAGGAAGUCAGGAACCCAUAACAUGACUUGUUAUUGAUGUUCUCAAAAGUCAAAAUCGAUGGAACUUUUAAGAUUAAAGAUCAGAUUUGCCAUCUUGAUAAGGCCCUCGAGACUAGAACCAUGUUUGAUGCUGAGACGGUGGAGAUAUUGCCUUCGAUCCAAGAGGCUGCCAUCGAGAUCUACCCUUGUAGCUGAAGCCAUUACCUUCAUUCAAGAGUGGGCACUUAUGCGUGUGGUGAUGGAAUCGGAGGCUUAUGUUUGUGUGGUCUUGAUCGGAGACUCGGGCAAGUGUAGUAUCCUGGUUCAUGGCUUCGGAUUCGUGUUUGUGUGGCCAAUGCUUUUCAGCUUUGUGUUUUGAUCCGAUUCUCAAACUCACUACCUUACCUUCUCAAAGCGGCGCUGAUUGGAGACUCAUGCAUCGGUAAAUCCAACUUCCUCUCUUGAUUCACUUGAAACAAGUUCGGCCUCAAGUCUAGGUCCACUACUGCGGUUGAUUCAAAGGUUUGAUUGCGAAGUUCCUUUGAUUCUUCUUCUUCAACAACGAUGAUUUUGGGUUGGAAGGUCUGGGUUUGAGAAUUGAUUUUGGAUAUUUCAUCUUCUUUGGAUAUUAAUUUUGAUUUUUGUUUAUUUCGUUGUAAAAUGUGGAGCUUGCUGGAUUGUUAUUGUGCCAUAAUGGACCUAGAAUUUUUGUGUAAAUGCCGGAAUGGUGAUUUUGGUUUGUUAGA